AUGUUCAAACUGAACUGUCUGCUCCUGGUCGUCGGGCUCUUUGUGAGUCUCGUCAGCGCCGAGUCCCAGAAGCGCGAACAGCGGAUCUUCAAGGGCGCAUACGACAGCACGGACGAGCACCGUUACCAUGUUGCUAUCCUUAAGGUCCUCGAGGACGAUACAACCGAGCACAUCUGCGGAGGUGCCAUUAUUGACAACCGAUAUGUCCUCACUGCGGCCCACUGCGUCUAUGAAGUCAACAAGGACGAGCUGGUCUUGAGAACAGGAUGGAACAAGAGCCCUGAGCAGCCACAUCUCGAGAAGAGAUCGUACCACAAGGUUGCCAAGAUCAUGUACCCUAAGGACUACUUCUAUUCUGGAUGUAGACACCACGAACACGACAUUGCCAUCAUCAAGGUCAAGAUGAACUUCGACCUGGCUGACGACGAGAACUUCAAGAAGGUCAACCUGCCGGAGUUCGAUAACGAUUACGAAGGAUACCCUGCUACUCUUACAGGAUACGGAGUUGAAAAGAUUGCUCUACUUAAGAACAAGACUUCGGGAGAAUUUAAGAAGCUCUUCAAGUACCCCGAGGAGUUGAAGUACCUUAACACUCACAUCAUCCCACUGGAAGAGUGCAAGAGGAUAGCCCCAGUUAUUGUUACCAACACCAAUGUCUGCACGAAUCCUCAGAACAUCAACGGAUUCAGCUGUAUUGGAGACAGUGGUGGUCCUCUCGUCUAUGACGACGUAGUCAUCGGAAUCCGCAGCAGCCACAACAACGAGUGCAUUCACUCCGAACCAGAGCUGUUCACCAGAGUCUCAUCGUAUCUGGACUUUAUCCUCAAGGUUUUGAAUAAUGAACCUUCUGCCGAAAUCUUAUACAUCUAA